UGUAUAUAUACUGACGGACUUCUCCAGACACAACAUACAUAGUGACAUACUGAGCAUCAUGAGUGUGUAUUACGCUGUCCUGAUAUGUAUUGUAGUCCUCAGCAGGAUCGAAGCUCAAACAAAGAAGCCGAGCAUCUACUUUCUUCACGUCAAGUCCGAUAUCAGAUAUAGGUUUGCUACAACAGUCGUCACCAGUAAAGUGGUGAACCCUGACCUUACGGCGCGUGAAUCAACAUUUGACGUCACACUUCCAAACGAGGCAUUCAUCUCUAACUUUACAUUAACUGUAGGGAACGAGGUAUACGUUGGUAACGUCACGACGAAAGAGACCGCCCAACAGGUGUAUGAAAAGGACAGGAGUCAAGGCAAAUCUGCCGCACAGGUCUCUGUCAAGCCAAGGGAAACCAAUACGUUCAACAUUCAAAUUAAUGUUGCUGCUGAGGACAAAGUAACAUUCGAACUACGCUACCAGGAACUACUUCAGCGGAAGUUGGGUGCCUACAGUCACUUGAUCUACUUAAAGCCAGGGGAGCCUGUGGCGGACCUCAGGAUUGAGGUGGAUAUUGAAGAAUCUAGAAAUAUCACAAAUUUCAGAAUUCCACCUAUAAAGAGUGACAUGUUCACAAUAAAGGACCAAAAAGAUGCCGAUGCAGCUAUAACCAUUACCCGUCCGUCCCCAGAGAGAGCUCACAUCUUGUUCCAACCUAGCCUUAAUACACAAACAGCAGGCAACUCGAACGGCUUAGAUUGUCAGUUCAAAGUCAAAUAUGACAUCGAUAGGAACUUUGACGGCGGUGAUCUCUUGAUGGUGAAUGGAUAUUUCGUUCAUUUCUUUGCACCGAGUGGCUUACCACCGAAACCAAAGGAUGUUGUGUUCAUAUUAGAUAAAAGUGGAUCUAUGGGCGGGAGAAAAAUGGUUCAAUUGAAACAAGCCAUGUCAACUAUUUUAUCGCAAAUUCAAUCCGAGGACAGAUUGAAUAUUUUAACAUUUAGUUCAAGUAUUUAUCCAUGGGAAAUGGAGGCAAAGCUCCUUCCUGCAACAGCAGUGAAUAUUGAACGGGCAGCUACGUAUGUGAAACAAGCGUAUGCGAGUGGAGGUACAAACAUUGACGGUGCACUCAGAAGAGGAGUUGCCUUGUUAGACGAACGGAAGGACAAGACAAGAGCACCUGUCCUUAUAUUUCUAACUGAUGGGGAGCCUACGGUAGGACAAAGAAAUCCGGAGGAAAUCCUUAAGAAUGUGAUUAAAUUCAACGAAGAUAACAUUCCCAUUUUUUCUCUUGCAUUCGGUAGUCGUGCAGAUUAUAAUUUCAUAAAAAGACUGGCAGCUCAGAACAAUGGCUUUGGACGCAAGAUCUAUGAGGACGCUGAUGCUGCCCUUCAAAUCUCAGAUUUUUACUCCGAAAUUUCAGCAGUUCUCUUACAAAACGUCACAUUUAGAUAUCUUCCGGAUUCUGUGGAUGAAAACACAUUGACAAAAACUAUAGUCCCCAACAUGUUUCAAGGAUCUGAAGUUGUUGUAGCUGGUAAAAUGGCGAACGAAUUGACGUAUGAUAUCAAGCCGAGCGUUAUCGCUACUGACUCUAACGGGUUGGUUACUCUUGACGUACCUACAGACGGAGUGAUUCAUCUCAAUUCUACACUAAAUUCCGACAGUUACUCUAUCACAGAAAAGAUAUGGGCCUAUCUUACCAUUAAACAAAGGAUACAGCAGAUGGACGCAUCAACAAACGAGACAGAACAAGAAGAACUGAAACAGACUAUCAUAACCAUGGCGUUAAAGUACAACUUUGUGACUCCCUUUACAUCAAUGGUGGUGUCAUUGCCGGAUAAAUUACAAUCGUCGGCCGUUGAUCUCCUCCCGGACAGUCCAGAAUCUGCUUCGGCUCUUGAUUUAAAUUUCCAAAACAAUCCAAUGUCUAUGGGACAACCAGCCCCAAUGUCUAUGGGACAACCAGUCCCAAUGGCUCUCCCAGCACCACCUAUGUUUCGAAAAAUGAGUAGCAGUGCUAGAUUUAGUCAAACGCAUAUGGCACUUCCCCCUCAAAGCGUAGACAUGUUCGAUGCCAUGAACAGCGGAUCCUCCCUUGGUGCUGUGAUUGGAGGUGGUUUUUCUGGUGUUGGCGGCAUGUCUUCUCAAAUGGCUAAUAGUAACACGAGGGGUACUACCUCAUCAAGCAUUUCUACAACUUCAACACAGCAGACAACAACAUCAAGUAACACGAACAAUCUGAAAUCGACAACAGUACCGCACGAAAGAACUUCCGGCUUCACCCUGGUUGGAGUUAAAGGUAUUGAGUUACCAUUGUGUGUGGAGAAUCCCAGUCAGGCGGAUGAAACAAUGAGUUAUAAUCUGUUCCGCGAUAUCGACACAGGGACCCUUGUGAACGCUGGAUUCGAACAUAACCAAGACGGAACAAGUAUUAAGAACGUGACAAUUGAUGCAAACACGGUGACCGAAUUAUUUCCUACAUACAUCGUGGAGAAUGGGACGAGAAAAGACUGGAGUUCUAAUACAUUUUACACAUAUGUGCAGGGAAGUGAAGGGUCAGGGGUCAAACUCGAGGUGACGUCACUUAACAACAGCAGACUCGUCGUUGAAUUUAAUUUCACAGAGACUGUAUCUGGAGAUAUGAACGGGUCUCUAGCUCUUCCAAUCAGCGGCGAAAUAAAAGAAAACCAGAAUCUCCACUUAUCUCCAAAUAGCCAAUUGAAGGAACUGUCAUUGAUGGCCAAGACGUCAACAGGAAUACGUCAGAUGGCAAUGUCAGUAGAGUUAAGUAAUGACAUGGACUGCUGGAUUGUCAGAUCUCCCCUCCUGUGGAAUUUACAGCCCGCCGCGUGAUAACAGCUACAACUGUUAAAAUAUCACUGUUUGUAGUAAAAUAAACUGAAGAAUGAUCAUAUCACUCUUUUCUUUACUUCAAAAUGUACUGCAUGAUAACGAACCUUGCUUUUACAUAUGACUUGUUGUUUUUGCGAUCUAGUAUUCUACACUUCAAAAACAACCCGAGUAACAUGUAUUGAUAAAGUGUUAAACACAUUGCUUUCAACUGUCAAACUGCUUCAUACUGUCUGAAUUCAAAUGAAAUACAGUGUGUGUGACAAUAUCAACAGCUUGACAUAAGGGUUGUAUGUUGUGGCAGCGACAUUUUAUUAUAUUCGGGCCUGCUUUCAAAGACAAAAAUAAGUACGUAAUCAUAUCCCCUAUACUGUUAUUUACAUUGUUUAUAGUUAGAUACCCAUGUAUGUAAAACUUGUUAACAACCAUGUUUAUAGUUCGAUGAAUAUAUAAGAUGCAUUGGAUGUUUUUUAUUUUCCUUGUUUUUCCCCAUGUUUCCAUACAAGUCUACAUAUUUUUUGUACAUAUUUUAUCUUCGUUUUAUAGUGUUUAAGUUAGAAUGACUGUUUUGUGACCAUUUUGGCUUUCUUCUGUUGUGUCUGUAUUUGUUGGCAACUUGAUGCGUUGUAUUAAUACAGUAACUUAAGUCUA